AUGCAAAUAUGGCAAAAUGAAAUACAUAUCAACAUUUUAUUUUGUUUCUGUAAUUUUCUUCAUUCACAGAUCCUGCUUGUUGCUCUUUUGGGAGCUUUUAUAAAUCCAUUAUUUGCAGAUGAGUCAUACCAGUUCAUCAACUCUGGAAACAAUGGAGAAACUGUAUACAACACUAUUACUAUCAACCGUCAAGUCAAUGUAGCUAUGUUGAAUUCUUACUCUGGACGGCUGACAUCCAAUGCUGUAUUUGACUACAGCCAGAACAUCAUUGCCUACCACAUGCCAUACAGAGGAAUCUGCAUUGUGGCUCACAUGGACAUUGCCACUUUCCCAAGCCUGCCACGCUUUGAAGAACUGAUCCACACCCACAGGGAGAAAAAGAAGGAAGUUGAAGACUUGCUCAAAAAUUAUCAGGUGACCAAUCAGGUGGUAACUGAUGUGUCACAGUUUGGAGGGGCUGUGGCUGGGCUGUGCUGGGGGAUCCCCACCUACUGGGCAAGCGAGAAUACCAGUCCAAGGCAAGGCAUUGGAGCUAACGGAUGUGCCGGAGUUAAGUUACUUUUCCUUAGGGUUGGGCUGUGUGGAGGAAUACACCUCUUCUAA